AUGGAUCGUAGCAACCUCGUAACCGCCCCGGAACUCGUCCAGAUCGCCUUCGAGUUCUUGAACGACCCCGCUAAGAAGGCCAAAGCACCGCCGUCCAACAAUUGGCUGCUGGCCAAUACGCGUUUGCAAGGCUCUACGAUGCUCCAUAAGCCAGGUAUAAUACUCAAUUCGCGAAGAGCUCUUAUAAUGGAGCUCGUACCGAAUCCCGCUCGGCUUAAGGAGCAGCGCCUUGGCGCUAGUGCAGAUCGAUCCAAUCGAUUUAACAAAUUCUCUUCUCUCGGAAACGCCCCUAGGUUAGCAAUCAAAACCCUUAGAUCGUCCCGUAAGGACCCGAAUACGCCGAAGCUCUUCCGCCACUACUCAGUCAACGAGAUAGAAUACGGCGCUAGACCCGAAUACGGCCUUUAUUCGGAUGACUCGGACGAUGGGCCUUACUCCGACGCUCUUAAGGAUCACCAGGAGCUCCCUCUUGCUGACCUCGACGCUCUCGAUAAUAAGGGAAACGUCGAGGCUUAA